AUGGCACGCACAAAACAAACUGCUCGUAAAUCAACCGGUGGUAAAGCUCCUCGCAAGCAACUUGCUACUAAAGCAGCACGAAAAAGCGCACCGGCCGCUGGUGGAGUAAAGAAACCUCAUCGUUAUCGACCUGGUACUGUCGCUUUACGUGAAAUUCGCCGAUACCAAAAAUCCACGGAACUACUUAUUCGUAAAUUGCCAUUUCAAAGAUUGGUUCGAGAAAUUGCUCAAGACUUUAAGACAGAUUUACGAUUCCAAAGUUCGGCUAUUGGAGCUUUACAAGAAUCAGCAGAAGCUUAUCUUGUAGCUCUUUUUGAAGACACUAACUUGGCGGCGAUUCAUGCUAAACGAGUGACAAUUCAACCUAAAGAUAUUCAACUUGCAAGACGUCUUCGUGGCGAACGGAAACAAAAAAUGGACGAUUUAGUUCGCUCUGAUGACCUUUUACACCCUGCAAACCUUAUACCCGAAUUGUGUAGGUUGUUUUAUAACUUGGGAUGGGUUACCGGAACUGGUGGUGGAAUCUCUAUUCGUAAAGAGGAGCAUGUGUAUAUAGCACCCUCAGGUGUCCAAAAGGAACGAAUGCAACCAUUCGACAUGUUCGUUCUCGAGCUUUCAACACGUAAAAUUCUUAGAGCUCCGGAAGUACAUCGUCCUUCAGCUUGCACUCCGUUAUUUUAUAAUGCUUAUACGAUGCGUAAUGCUGGAUCAUGUAUACACACUCAUUCCCAACAUGCCGUGAUGGUUACACUACUAUACCCCGGUAGUACUUUCGAGAUAACGCAUCAAGAGAUGAUUAAAGGUAUUAGACGUGGUAAUGGAAAAGAGAAUUUCCGUUAUUAUGAUACAUUGGUGGUACCCAUCAUAGAUAAUACCCCUGAAGAAGAAGAUUUGACUGAUAGAAUGGCUCAGGCGAUGGAACAGUAUCCAGAAACAAAUGCUGUCCUUGUUCGACGUCAUGGUGUUUAUGUUUGGGGAGAAUCUUGGACGAAGGCAAAGACAAUGACUGAAUGUUAUGACUAUUUGUUUGAGAUUGCUAUCAAAAUGAAGAAUGCUGGUCUAGAUCCAGCCGAAAAACCGAAUGAAUAA